GUCCCAUGACUUGUAAUCUAAUCUAGCUUCAGAAGAAAGAUACAGGGCUAAGGCUUUCAGAGCAUACAUAACCUUGUAAUCUCUUUCUUCUAUUAAUCCUUCCUUCAGUUUCAGUUUCAUUUACUAGAAACUGCCAUGACGUCUUCCCACUCCCCUCUGGCUUUUGCCUUUGGCAUUCUAGGUAACAUUGUCUCGUUCAUCGUGUUUCUAGCUCCAGUGCCAACAUUUUACAGGGUGUACAAAAAGAAAUCAACGGAAGGAUUUCAAUCAAUUCCUUAUAUAUUUGCGCUCUUCAGUGCAACAAUCUGGAUUUACUAUGCGUCCCUUAAAUCCGAUGAGAUGCUUCUUAUCACCAUCAAUGGCUUCGGUUGUGUAAUCGAGACGAUUUAUAUUGCAAUGUACAUUACAUAUGCACCAAAGAAAGCUAGGGUGAACACCUUGAGGCUAUUGCUUCUUGUGAAUUUUGGGGGAUUUUGCUUGAUUCUUUUUUUGUCUCACUUCCUAACACAAGGGCCAACUCGGGUUAAGGUUCUUGGAUGGGUUUGUGUAGCCUUCUCUGUCAGUGUCUUUGCAGCACCUUUAAGCAUCAUGCGAUUGGUAAUUCGAACCAAGAGCGUAGAAUUCAUGCCGUUCUCUCUGUCCUUCUUCCUCACCCUCAGUGCGAUCAUGUGGCUCUUCUAUGGUUUACUCCUUAAAGAUCUCUAUGUUGCGGCCCCAAACAUACUUGGUUUCAGCUUCGGUGUGGUUCAGAUGAUACUGUAUGCAGCCUACAGAAACAAGAAGACGGUUCUUGUGGACGAGGAGAAGGUACCAGAGCACAAAACAGCUGAUGAUUUUGUGAAGCAAAUCAACAUCACGGUUUUGCCUUCUCCUAAGGCACAAGUACAAGUAAAAGAAGAGGCCGUAAGCCCCGCCCGUGCCGACAGUUCCGACGAAAGCAGCGACGAUCAUGAGCAAAACGUACACGAUCAACAACGUGAGCAUGUUCCACAGCCAUGUCAUGUUGAUGCUCAAGGAGCCGACUUGAUCUCGAAGCAAGUCCCGGCACUUGUUCAAUGCGAAGUUUGAGCAUCGAUCGAUUCGACUUUGGCGUCUGUGAUUGUGAUCGAUCUGCUUUGUGCUACUGCUACCUGGUCUGAUCUUCAAUUUUACCCUUGAUAUUGUACGUGGAAGUGCAUAUGUAACAUAGAGGAUGUGUACACAUGUCCUUUUAAUUUGGUGCAUCUUUAUCUUCCUGUAAGCCUAAUAGCUAGUUCGUUCACAGACUUGCUGCUUCGAUUCUUGCAUCUGUGCUUUGGAGGGCAUAUAUAGUCGGUUGCUGUGAACAUUAAUUCUGUACUGCUCCUUCCUUCGAUUAAUCAUGAAAUAAAAUUCCAUGUAUGUUUGAG